GGCACAAGUACAGAGCAGGAUGCUCGUUUUUCAGAUAAGGACAAAAAACUCCUUAAAAUGAUGAAAUUUGCUAAUAAUCUAAGUGUUAAGAUUGAUAUGGAACGCGUUAACUUAGACACGGUGAAACCAUGGAUUAGCAAUAAAGUCUUGGAAAUUUUAGGCAUUGAAGAUGACGUAUUUAUCGACUAUGUUAUCAACAUGUUGGAAUCCGAGCGUCAUCCUGACCCUAAGCGCAUGCAGAUAAAUGUUACUCCUUUCUUACAAGCUAAACCUGCUACCAAGUUUAUGCAAGAACUAUGGAAUAUGUUAGCAUCUGCUCAGGAGAAUGUAAGUGGUAUUCCUAGUACCAUGUUAGAGAAAAAGAAAGAAGAAAUACGUCUUCGUAAGGUA